CUGAUUGCACAACAAACGGAACCUCGAAGGCAGCUCUUCGGUGCAGAAAUUUAGUUACUUUUAGUGGUAAUCACCUUAAAUGUAUUUCUUCAUUCACGAUAGUUUGUAAAAGAACGCGCUACAAAGAUGGGUAAAGUGUUGUCCACCGUGGGCCGCAAAGUGCAACGAUUCAACGUCGAAGGUCGCGCACAAAAAGUCAUCUCGCAAGCGAAACCCAAACCGGCACCAAAGUUCGAGUCCAACCUGCGUGAUUUGGAGCGCGUGCUGAAGGAGCACCCAGAAAUCGUGGAGGAACAAAGUCGUAAAAAUGUAAAACUAGAUGAGCACCUGCGACAGGUGUACGUGACCUCAAAGGAUACUCUGCCGGAACCACUUCCAAAUGCAAAUCAGGCCACGGAUAAGCCACUGCCAAUCAAUCGUUCCAGUGUCGAGGAAUAUGAGUUCGGUCACCUGGAACCGCGAACGAUUACUAAAGGGCGCUGUACGUUGCGGCAAGCGGUGCAGUUCAUUGGCAACCAUCAGACCGACCCGGAACAGUGGACAGCGGCCAAAAUUGCCGAAUACUACCGCAUGAAGGAACCGCUAGUCGUGGACAUUCUAGCGCAUUUCAAAUCGUUCGAAGUGCAUUUACCCGAUAAAAACCUCGAACGACGUCGGCUUCUUACGCGCGCCGCGGAAGGGUCCAAGCAAAUAGAAUAAAAUAGUCCCAGUCUAGUCUGUUGAAUCGGCCCGUUGCGUUGCGAUUUCCGUUCUUAAAAAUAUAGACAUUUAUUGAAAUUUAUCACAGAAUACAUAUUUUUGG